UCGUCGAUCGUUUCAUUUCGAGGAAAUUAUUUUUCUCUUUAAUUUUUUGGAAGAGAGAGAGAGAAGAAGACGGCAGAAUGAAGAAAGCUUUUUGAUCGGAGACUGUCCUUGAGUUUGAGCUAGCGUUUGCAAUUUGGAAGACUCGGGAUCUGAUAUAUCUCCCGGUGUCUCUGUUUUGUCGGUAGAUACAAGGGGUGAAGAGAGCUCCUAGAAGUUCAUGUUAAUAGGGUGGUUUUGAUGGAAGACGAUGACUCUCCUUCUUCUCGGGAUUUAGAUGCAAAGAACCCUUAUGAUCGAUUGCUUGCUCUAGAUACAAGUACCGUAGAUUCAAAUGGUAACUUGGAUUCGGUUUCUGCUAUUUAUCUAGCAAUGAAGAGCUCAAAGCUGGAAUGUGUUGAUGAGCGUGGCCAAGAUUCCCUUAUAACCUCUGUAUGCAUGGAAGAUGAAGAGGAUGAGGAACUUGACGAGUUUGAUCCUUAUCUCUUUAUCAAGAACUUGCCCAACUUGUCUUCUGUUGUCCCAACUUUCAGGCCGGUCUUGCUUCCUAAACAAACCCGAAGUUGCCCUCCUAUUUCAUUAGUCCUAGAUCUAGAUGAAACUCUUGUGCAUUCAACUCUAGAACCAUGUGAUGAGGUCGAUUUCACAUUCCCUGUAAAUUUUAAUGAAGAGGAGCAUAUGGUGUAUGUGAGGUGCCGCCCUCACCUCAAAGAGUUUAUGGAGAGAGUGUCCCGUCUUUUUGAGAUCAUUAUCUUUACAGCUAGCCAAAGUAUUUAUGCGGAGCAACUGCUAAACGUGCUUGACCCGAAGAGAAAGCUCUUCCGCCAUAGAGUGUAUCGUGACUCCUGUGUUUUCUUUGAUGGUAACUACCUAAAAGAUUUGUCAGUCCUUGGGCGUGAUUUAUCUCGUGUUAUCAUCGUCGACAACUCUCCACAGGCAUUUGGGUUCCAAGUGGAGAAUGGAGUGCCAAUAGAGAGCUGGUUUAAUGACCCGUCGGAUAAAGAACUCCUAAAUUUGCUCCCAUUUCUUGAAAGCUUAAUUGGAGUUGAAGAUGUAAGGCCGAUGCUCGCCAAGAAAUUCAAUCUAAGGGAAAAGAUUGAUGCAGCUGUAGCAGCACCGGAAUAUCCUGCUGAGGCGGGAGAUCCAUUCGAAAGGUAAAAAAAAUCAUUCACAGAAAGCUUGAAGGCAGAAUCUGGCAAAAGAGCUGCCUGCGGGGUUACAGAUUUCUGAAAAGGAGAAAGACUUGCUCUUAAAAGAGGAUGAUGCUUUGGGAAAGCUUAAUGGAAGUGUUUGGUUCCUAAUUAAUUAGGCUUGGAAGGGAUCAGAGAAGCUGAAGAUAUAUAUAUGAAGUAUAUUAAUGUUGUUUUCUUAUUAGUUUAAACUAAGAACUUGGUAUACGGAGAAGACAGGAUAGCCUGUAAACAAGUUUCAUGCACAAUAACUGUAAUUUUCUGGUUUAUUUACUACUACUCUCGUACACAUA